AUGGGUGUAUGCCUGGUGGGCGUCUGCCUUCGCCGGGCAUUCCAGCUCGGGCCUCCCUCUCAACCAGGCUCUGCCCCCGCCACUACCAAAGACCUCCAGCAGGAGGCAGAGGCUCUAGCAAAGAGGGCCCUGCGCCCACCCGCUCGAUCGAUUGCUAAGCGAGAAGGCUCAAAGUUUGCAAGCGUACAAGAUAUCAUGAAUGAUUCUGACAUUGACUACUCACCUGAAGUUGCUCCAACAUUUGCGAAUCUGCAUCGGUAUGACAUUAAUAGGUAUGAAAUGGUGAAUGAUGCGUUGGCCCAAGCCAGGCAGACAGAGAAGAUCAUUGACUGCCAUAUGACAAUACCAAGGAACAUUGGAGCCCACAUUAAAAAAAUGGCGAUCCUCCUUUCGUGA